AUGGCAUGUCCAGGGCAGGAGGACGCAUGUGCCGCCGCACUACGCAAGUUGUGCUACGAGGCUCAGCUUGCGCACCCUGAUAAGCCAGGUGCAUCGCUGCCCGCCGCUUUGGGCGCCAUCGGCCAGCUGCUCAAGCGCAAGACGUACUCGGGGCUCAAGACGUUCGUGCGCAACCAGCGUCCCCACGAAUUUGCCGUGAUCAACCUCAAAAAAGGCCAGUACGUGGCUUGCCUCACCCUGCCGGCGGCUGGGGCCGCAGGCAAUGCAGGCUCCCUCAGCUGCGGCCUGUGCGGCAUCUCCUGUAGCAGCGCCUUUAACCUGCAGCAGCACCUGGAGGGCAAAGCGCACCAGGCAAAGGCAGCAUCCGAGGAGGGCAGGCUCUGGUGCAGCCUGUGCUCUACGCGGUCGCCCAACGCGGCCGCGCAGGCGGCGCACGUCCGCGGCGCCCGCCACAAGGCGGCGCUGCUGCAGCGCUCCAAUGCGGCAGGCGGCGCCCUGGGCGCAAGCCAGGAGGGUGUCGAGGUGGCGCUGCAGCCGGCAGAGAUCACAGGGCUUGCGCCCGGGCAGGUCAAAGUGGCAUCUCUGCUCAUCACCAACAGCGGCCAUGCCGUUGUGCGCGUGGCGGCGGUGUCCCAGAUGCGGGCCGUGCCAGGCGUGGUGGUGUCGUCAAUGGCUGACGGGCAGUGUCUGUGGGGCCUGGGUUACAUCUACUCACUCUUGGUGGUUGACCUGGGCAGCUUCUGCGUCAGCUGCCUGCUCUCAGCAGCCUGCGACGGCGGCGAUCCCAUCGCUCGGGAGCUGGCGCCGUCGGCACCCUACGCGCCCAAGCGCCCGCCGCCCAAUGAGGCACGCUUGGAGAUCGUGCCGGGGGAGAAGCCGGCGCGCCACAGGAGCAGCUGGGCGCGCCCGCCUGGCGCCCACGAGGUGCCGGACUGGCUGCGGUCUGCCCUCAGGGCAGGGGAGCUGUGGCGUGUGCAGGAGGAGCUGGACAAAGCGGCCAACGGCGCGGAGCUGCACGCCAAGCGGAUGGCCCUGAUGGUGUGGCUGGAGGAGCUGCAGCAGGAGCGGGAUGUAAGGCAGUACGACAUAGACGGGGCGCAGCUUGAGAGCACGCCCGGUGGGCGUCUGCUGGCGCUUAAGGUGCCUGGCCUGGCGGAGAGCCGGCCCUCUGUGAUGCUGGGGGACCGGCUGUACGUCAGGCGCAGCGACGGCGAGCGGCGCGAGUGGGAGGGGUGCCGCGUGCGGUUCUCCAUCAAGCGGUCAUCUUUUGUGUUCAUGCACGAGGCCCUAUCCCUGGUCCAGUACAGGCAGCUGCCCGAGCAGCUGCUGCUGCCCAUGGGUGUGCAGUGUGAGGUGGCCCACAGGGUGGCGACCCACCCUGCCAAACAGGCCGUGGCUUGGGUCAACCCCUUCCUCAACCAGGAGCAGCGCGGGGCAGUGGAGGCCGUGCUGCGCGGCGGCCACGCACCCGCGCCCUAUUUGGUGUUUGGCCCGCCGGGGACCGGCAAAACAUCGACGCUGGUGGAGGCGGCGGUGCAGGUGCUGCGCACGCAACCGUUUGCGCGCGUGCUUCUGCUGGCACCCUCCAACACGGCCGCGGACCAGCUUGCGCUGCGCCUCAUGGGGCCGGCCGCGGGGCGCCCUAAGAGCGAGAUGCUGAGAGUGAACGCCUACCAGAGGCCCAGCAGCGACGUGCCCAGGGAGGUGAUGGACAUCAGCACCUACGUGGACCAGAUUGGGGCAGGCAGCGGCUACUUCAAGCUGCCUGAGACCGCUCAAGUCGUGUCAAAGCGCGCCGUUGUGGCGACCUGCGUGAUGGCGUCCAAGAUCUACGCGCAGGGCCUAUUCAGCGGCUGGUUCACCCACAUUUUCAUGGACGAGGCGGGCCACGCCGAGGAGCCGCUCGCGCUGGCCGGCAUCGCGGGGCUCGCCGGGCCCAACACGCGCGUCGUGCUGGUGGGGGACCCGCGCCAGCUCGGGCCCAUCAUACACAGCCGCCUGGCGCGUGACGCGGGCCUCGGGACGAGCUGGAUGGAGCGGCUGCUGGGGCGCGCGCCGUACGCGCCCGACGCGCAGGGGUGCUACGACGCGCGCUUCAUUACGCAGCUGGUGCGCAACUACCGCUCCCACCCCGACCUGCUGACGCUGCCGAGCACCCUCUUCUACGGCGGCCGCCUAGUGGCGUGCGCAGACCCCGUGGUCACACACAGCGUGCUGCAAAGCGGCUUUGAGCUGCCAAACCAGAGGUUCCCUCUGCUUUUCCACGGCCUGGUGGGCAAGGACGAGCGCGAGGGCAACUCGCCCUCGUGGUUCAACUCCAUGGAGGUGCUGCAGGUGGUGAGGUACAUCGAGAAGCUGCGGGCGGUGCGCCGCAACCCCAUCAGCACGGCAGACAUCGGCGUGGUCACCCCGUACCACAAGCAGGUGCAGAAGCUGCGCCGCGCCUUCAGCUCCAAGGGCAUGGACGGCGUCAUGGUCGGCAGCGUGGAGCAGUUCCAGGGGCAGGAGCGCAAAGUGAUCAUCAUCUCAACUGUGCGGUCCACCUCGGAGUACGUGGAUUUUGACCUGAAGCACCGCCUGGGCUUUGUGCGCAACGAGAAGCGCUUCAACGUCGCCGUCACGCGCGCCAAGGCACUGGUCAUCGUGGUGGGCAACCCCGAGGUGCUAAUCACAGACGACUCCUGGGCGGCGCUGCUGCGCCUCGCGGUGCGCAACAACGCGUACACUGGCAGCGCCCCGCUGCCCGGCGGCCUGGAGGCCGAGCGCGGCGGCGGCGCUCCCCAGGCUGCCGGCGGCGCCGGCGAGCAGGAUGCGGGGAUGAUGAGCAGCUUGGCACGCAUGAUGCGGGGUCUGGCCAUCCAGGGCAGCGGGCGGUGGGGCAGCGCAGCGGCGGCGGCAGAGGCGGAUGAGAUGGUCCUGGCUGGUGACGGGGCGGGCGCUCGCGUUGAAGGUCUGCCAAUGCGGCGGCUGGAGUAG